UUCCGCGGGAAAUGCAUUUUGACGAGCUGUCUUUUCCACUGGCUUGACAUCUUGACCACCCGAGAAACCUAUAUAGCGAAGAUUCCCGGUGCCUUCCUUUAUAUAGUCUCCUCCAGCAAGGAGACGGCAAACUGGGUCAUUGUUUGCGCCCAACCGGAGUCGGGCGUGAUCUCCGAACUUUGCAAAAGGACUAGCAUUGUACAGUAUUCCCGGCCUGGGCGGCCAAACUGCACCUAGAUGGCAAAGGUACUCCUUACCACCCUUGUAUGGAUAUACUCGUUAGCAGCGGGGCUCCAUGGGUUUCUGGCACCGAUUCUGCUUGUCGUAAUUCCGUCGCGGCAGGUGCUCCGGUUGAUAUUCCUCACCUACUUCUUCCAAUUCUGCCUACUACCUGCCUUGGUCCUCGUAUGGUACCGCGAUAGUAUCCAACCAGCCGCGGUCGAAGUCAAAAACCAGUCGUCCGAUGACGAAGACGAGACGAGGUCACUCCUCCCGAGCCCCACCUCCCGGGAUGACAGCGCCAACGGCAACGUCCUCCGCAACCGUCGCAACUCCGAAGCGCGCUCCCCAACCGCCACCUCCCCAGGAUCAGCGCUCCACUCCUCAGAGUCACAAGGUUUUUUCACGUUCCUUAAGAGCCGCAAGAUGCGCACGGCGCUGCUGGUGCUCUCGUUCGUGGCCAAUACCACCCUUUUUGGAUUGUGCAUGGAUUUCGUGUAUAGGCCGUAUCUGAAGGAGCAGCAUCGGGAUCUGCAGUUGACGCGUGUGGGCGCGGUUGGGAGCGAUUAUGCGAGGGUGUUUGUGAGAGCGCCUACGGAGGCGACGCUGGCGCUUGAGUUUACGCCGGCGAAGGAGGAAACAUGGGCUGUGUGCGAGUCGGGGGUGGUGGUUAGCGCUGCCAAUGAUUAUACCGCCAUUGCGACGUGCAAUCAGCUGGCGCCAAAGACGACGUACCAUUAUCGAUGGGUGAAAGCGGACGGACAGCCGCUGUUUGCGGAUACGAAGGCUGCGGACUAUCGGUUCAAGACUGCGCCUGUGGAUCUGGCGAAAGCGAAAUAUUCAUUCGCAUUCACAUCUUGUGUCAAGCCUGGGUUCCCAUACAUGACGAAGGGCAUCCAAGGCUUUCGCGAGAUGGGGAAACAAGACCUGUCGUUUGUCAUGUUCCUUGGUGACCUGAUCUACGCAGAUGCCCCUACCCUCUACGGCACGGACGUGGACACUUACCGCUGGCACUACCGGUAUCUCUACUCCCACGCCGAUUUCAGGGACACCUUCCGCCGAAUCCCCUUCCUCACAAUCUACGACGACCACGAAAUCCUCAACGACUGGGAGUUCGACCACGCUGACCCGUACCCCGCAGCCUUCAAGGCCUUCAACGAGUACGCGGGCCUCACUAACCCGCAAAAGGACGCGAACGAGUCGGCGAUCUUUGAGUAUGCGUUUGGGGAUACCGCGUUUUUUGUUAUGGAUACGCGUGGGUACCGGGAUCCGAAGACGGGGACGAUGUUGGGGGAUGCGCAGAAGAAGAGGGUGCAGGAUUGGUUGUUGAGAGUAAAGGACAAGUACACAAUCAAAUUCCUCGUCUCCUCCGUCCCAUUAACGCAGAACUGGCAAUGGGAGCAACGUGACACCUGGGCGGGCUACCUGCGGGAACGGCAGGAGAUCUUGGACUUCAUUUCGACGAAUGAUAUCCGCAAUGUGAUGGCUAUCAGCGGGGAUAGGCAUGAGGUGGCCGUUACGAAGCUGCCCGGGAACGUUAUUGAGUUUAGCACGAGUCCUCUACAAGCUUUCUACAGCCCAAUAGAAACCUACCGCGAAACCGCCGAAGACCAAAAGAUCUUCUCCUGGAGGCCCGGACGCAUUAAGUGGGGCAGGUUCACCAUCGAUACCACAAAGUCGACGCCGACCGCUACUUAUGCGUUGUUUGUGAAUGAUUAUCAAGGUAUGGUCCAUACGUAGGUCCUCGCGCGUACCCUCUCUGUUCCUGAGGAUUAAGUUGCUCUUUCCCUCUUUCCCAUUGUAGACACGCCUGUAUAUGAGAAGACGUUUGAGUUGCUUCCUUUGUAGGUCAAAUGUAGCUCCUAGAUAUUCUUCGAGAUUGGCAUCGGAAUGGGAUUGCUUCCACGGCGUGUUGAGCGUAUGUAUGUAGACAGCUGUCGCUUUAGUGUGAAUACAUAUAGUUCCGAACCACUUUUGCUGGUC